AUGUUGUCAGUAAAUGGCUCGUUCAUCAGCGGGGAGAGCAGUGAUUGGUUCCCUCAUCAGAACAGUGAACUGGAAAGAACGUUAUUAUUGACCAUCCAGGAGCCAACCACUAUCUCCCUGACUGUAAUGUACUCACUGUCGUUUUUGGUUGGCUUCAUGGGGAACCUCACAGCCAUUCGGAUGCUCACCAGCCAGAGAAACAGGAAGGUUCAGAGCGUCAGCGCUACGAAGAGUUUACUGAUCAACCUGGCUAUCUGUGACCUGAUGGUAGUCUGCAUCUGCAUGCCCAUCACCCUGGGCCAUACUAUCUACACAGCCUGGGUGUAUGGGGAUCUGCUCUGCAGGGCGGUGCCCUUCAUCCAGGCAGUCUCUGUGUCAGCAAGUGUACUCAGCCUAACGGUCAUCAGCGUGAACAGGUAUUACAGUGUCCACAGCCCACUGAAUGCCCGCUCCUACUUCACCCAGAGAAAGAUUUACAUUACCAUCAGUGUUGUGUGGAUUCUGAGCUCCAGCAUCUGUUCUCCUCUUCUUUUCAUGAUCAGGUUGGAUGAGAUCUGUUUGAUAAACAUUGCAGUUCCUAUCUGCAGAGAGCUGUGGCCACAGAUGAGGCUCAAGCAGGUUUAUAACGUUCUCCUCUUCAUCACGCUCUACUGUAUACCUGUGGCUUUUAACCUGACCAUCAGUUUCCUUACCGGGCGGAAGCUCUGGAGGGCAUCACGGCAUUUCGGUGACUUUGACCCUCACAGUCAGGUGAUGUAUGCUUCAUGUUUGAAGAUGCGGAAGAAGAUUGCAAAGGUAGUGGUCACCCUGGUCCUACUCUUUGCCGUCUCCUGGCUGCCCCUGUAUGUCACUGAUAUUUUAAUUGACCACGAGACGCACCCCCCACACUGGAUCCUACAGACCCGGCCAUUUGCCCAGUGGCUGGGUCUCACCAAUUCUAGCCUCAACCCCAUCUGCUACUGUUUCCUGGGGGAUCUUCACCGCUCUGCCAAGGUAAUCAAGUCCAAGUACAACCAACGGAUGCUGUCUCUCCUCAGCACUUCAAGCUCCACCAAGCUACCAAGACUGCUCCUUUUUAAGCGACAGACAUCCAGCCAGAGGCAGGGGACUGGGGCUCAGGUGUCUGAGGAAACACUCUCAGAUUGGUGCUCACACACAAGUGUUGGGGAAUUCAACCAGAUGCUGUCUCUUCAAAGCCUGUCUGAGAGGAUAGAGUCUAGGACCACACCUGACUUCAACAGCCUGUCGAUAGAGAACAUAUCACCAGUGGUAUAACAUGGCUGAAGUUUAAUCUUCAGCAUUCAAUGAAAUAUGGCCAUGGAAAUGGAUGUGUGGGAAGCUUUUGAUGUGAGCAUGAUUAACUAAGAGCAUUACCUAUAAUUACUUUACUCCCCUCUCACACUUUAGCUGUUAAAAAAUGGAAAACUGUCAGUGUGCGUUGGACAUGAAUUAUGAUUUAGCGACAUGUAAUUUAAACUGAUCAUCUUGCAGCGCCACCACGGACACAGGUGUUCAUAAAUAACUAAUCAUUUUAGUCAAAAUAGAGCAAGCGACUACAACAUUUAAUCCAUGGUGAAAACACAUUAAAAGCUACAAUAUGGUUACACUGUUCACUAUGGGUAUGUUAAUUUCUGAACAUCAUAUAAAAUAUGUAAAUGUCAGUGUUUGUUGAUCCAUUUUUGUAGUUUUACCAGCUGUGGUUGUACAGUAUACAGGAUAUUAGCAGCAGAAUCAGAAAAAUAUAAACUAUACUUUGCACUGUUUACAAUAGUCUUGUUUGUGUAAAUUAAUUGUCCUUGAAUGUGGUUACAUAUUUUACAUAUUAAAUGA